AUAUGUCGGAGCAUCAUGUGAACAUCCCGGCUCCUCAGUUCUCCACGUAUGCUACUGUAAUUGAUCCACCGAAACAUGUCACUGCAACUCAUCCUGAUGAGCUGACAACAGCAUCACAUCCCCAACCAACACAUCCAUCAGCACCACAAGAUCCUUCACCAGCAGUACCAUCAACUCCAGUUCGUGUUCCAUAUCCAACAGCUCCUCCACCAAUACCUCCGGCUCCAGAAGCAGUGACAGCUGGGCCGAAGAAAAUGGCGUUGGCUCCGUCUUCAACGAAAACAUACAAACAGAAGAGAACUUUCAAGGUAAUCAUAGUGGGCAACGCGGCCGUCGGAAAAACGUGUCUUUCAUUCCGUUUUUGUUGUGGAAGAUUCCCCGAACAUACUGAAGCCACAAUCGGAGUGGAUUUUCGAGAAAGAAGUUGUGUAAUUGAAAAUGAACUUCUUCGUGUUCAGCUAUGGGAUACUGCUGGACAGGAAAGAUAUCGACAAUCGAUUGUUGCUCAUUAUUAUAGAAAUGUGAAUGCUGUCGUUUUUGUGUAUGAUGUCACAUGCCGUGAGUCAUUCAACGAUUUGGCACUUUGGAUAAAAGAAUGUGAAAAGCAUGGUCUCGUUGGGGAUAGUGAAGUUCCGAGGAUCCUGAUCGGCAACAAGUGUGACGUGGAAUGCACAAAUCGAGUGUCCACUGAUGAAGCUCAGAUGUUCGCCGACCGUAACAACAUGGCAUUAUUCGAAACAUCAGCCAAAUUAGCAUCAGAAGCAGAUCAUGUCGAAUCAAUUUUUCUCACACUGUUACACAAACUACAACAAAGUAAACCAAUGCACGUACAAUCACAAGAUGAACGACAUCAAAAAGAGCAAGAACGGUUGAUUUUGAAGGCAAAUGAGACGGAAAAUGUGGAAGAAGAGGGAUUCUGCUGCUGAUAUAUUAGUGUUUUACGGGAUUUUUUAUUGAAUUUUCUACUAACCGUCAAUAUUACCAAUUUUCAACAAAAAUUGUGAUAGUUUUGGCUUGCAACGACAUAUUUUUAUACUUUAUUGCCUAGGCCUAUUUCGGUGGCCGAGUUUUAUCUUUUUUCGGCCACACUGCAAAAAGGAGUGCCGUUGCUCUUCUAAAAUUUCACUUUUUUUUGAAAAUUUGAUAACUACUAAAU